AUGAACUGUCAACAAAUGGCUUUUGUGUGGAGUGUGGUGUUGAUGUGUUUCGUUGCAGGUAAGUUCGGAAGGAGAUCUUGUCCCGCAGGGCGCCAAACAGUUGAUAUAUGCACACCUGGCACUGUUCACGGGAGCGAGACUUUACUAAUAGACUUUUCACCGGAAGUUGGAAUAAACUCAUGUAACUGCAACUUCACAAUAGAUGGCGCUAGAUUGAACAUAUCCAGUCUAACAACGCCUCAGAAUUCAUGUGGAUCGCAACUAGAAGUGGAUGUGGGCCUGGAUUAUCUCGAAGUGGACUGUAACCCUGUCAAUAAAUCCUACAACACGUCAGAGAUCAAGCGAGGAAAUAUCUGGACCACGGGGGGCGUAUUCCAUAGCGGAGUGUCGCCUCAAGACUUGUGUCUCGAAUUCACAAUUGAAGGAGGUGCGUCUACAGUGACCGUAACAUGUACUUUUGAGAGAAACUGGGAACGAGGUACCACAACAGAUGUAACUCUCGGCCCUGAGGCUCCCUCGUCCAUCACUAAAACCGUCGGCCUUACCACACCAGCCCUUCUGCGGACCACCACAACAACAGAUCCAGCAACCGCUAAACCAACAACACCACAAACCACAGACAGUGGUACCUCUACCGCAGACAUAUUAGAACCACCAGCCAGCAUAAGAGAUGAAAUUCUCAAGUUGGCCAAAAAUGAUGAAAAACCUGUUGUUUUUGAAGAUGCUAACCUACUCGUUAAUACAGAAGAAUCUAUUAUGGAAGAUACAACGACAAACUCUGAAGGAAUAUUCACUGAUGUAACAGCUUCCGGUACAACGUCCGUCCCUAUUUUACCGCCUAAAGAUAUUAUGGACACGAUAUUAGAGAUAGCAAAUGCUACAAAAAAUCCUAUUCGUGUUGAACAUCCAAGUACAACACCACUACAAAAUGUUACAAGUGAUGGGGUUUCCAAGACGACCACGUUGUUACCCCAACCUCUAGAAUCCUCUGUUAGACUUCCAAUUGUCCCGCCGACAGACAUCAUGAGCCAACUGCUAGAUAUCGCGAACAAUGGUACAAAUAAAACAAUAGUUUUCCCAGAGUUUGCUGAUAAAGAUGUGAGUUCACAAACAUCGGAACAAGCAACUCUCAAAUCAACAGUGUUAUCAGAAGAAACAACAACACCGCAAAAACAAACAACAGAAGUCAGUUCUUUAAUAUCCUCAACAACAACACAACAAACAACUGGAGUAGAUAUUAUGACAACAGUACCUUCUGACGUUGUCUCAACACAACAACCUACGUCAAUGCUACAAAAAACACAAGCGACAACUGUUGUUGUUGCAACUAAACAAUCUUUGGAAACAACUACACCAAACAUUAAGUUCUCAACCACAGGAUAUGACCAAACACUAUAUGAUGGUCUGCCUGCAAAUACUAAUGAUGACGAUUGGACAAGUCAUCCCGAAAGUACGACCUCGACCACCAGAAAGACCACAACUCAAGCCGUUAGAAAAGCCCCAAGAGGCGACAUUGAAAUCACUACCCAAACAGACAGACCGGAAAUGACGUCUGUACUACAAACAACUUCCGAUACCAUCUUUUCAAUUACAACACAGAGGAAGGACCCCAUCAUUACCACGACUCUGCCGGACACUGAUGACGUGACAAGAGCGCGGAAUGGAACCGGAACUGACGACACGCAUGAGACAAAAGACACAGUAAUCGUGAUCAUUGUUGGCUCCAUCAUCGGCAUCAUCGUUAUCGUCGCCAUCAUCGCAAUCAUACGGGCAUUCUGCAAAUCCAGGCGUAAGUCAGCAAACAUCACCAUGGUGGAGAAAGGUGGUAUGGAGAAUGGGGGCGGGGCCACUACAGGGAUAGAUAAUCCUCUUGUACAGUUACAACAGGAACAGGAAAUGGUAGAAACAAAUCCGAACCCUGUCGACAUCCAAUCCGGAAAAGGCGAAAAUAAUGGCAAAAUGGAGGCGAAUUUCAGUGAGGGAACUACGGAAAUGAACGGAAAUGGCGUCUCUAAUUCUCCACGAGCUGGAGACGUUGACAUGUUUCAGAGUUCGGCCAGUCCUUAA